AUGUCUGACUUUGGCGAUGACGAUGUUGGCGUCGGCGGAGACGAGCCCAUGCUUGAGGAGGAGGAGGUUACCGAGUACUACGACCCCGAGGUUCUAGACAAUGAGGACGGCGAGCGUGGUGAAAAUGGCGACGAUGCGGAUAAUGUUGUCGUUUCCGGCGACCCUUCAGCAGCUGCCAAUGCCCUCAAGGCUGGCGAAAAGUCCUUGAAAGAUAAGAAGAUUCCCGAGGCGGAUCGGACAACAACUCCCUACAUGACCAAGUACGAAAGAGCACGUAUUCUUGGCACUCGCGCUCUGCAGAUUAGCAUGAAUGCGCCAGUGUUGGUGGAUCUCGAAGGCGAGACCGACCCCCUUCAGAUUGCCAUCAAGGAACUUCGCGAGAAGAAGAUUCCCUUAAUCGUCAGGCGAUACAUGCCUGAUGGCUACUACGAGGAUUGGACAUGCGAGGAAUUGCUGCAAUAG